CCAGACAUUCCCAAAAUUGCUUGUUGAUUUGGCCGAGUUCAGUCAACCAUGGGCGUCUGCAGCACCUUCCUUCACGCCCGUGAUAGCUCUCUCCGCCUUUUUCCCUGUCUCUCCGAUCCUGUUCGGAGAUCAUCUUUGUUCCUCAAAGUUUCACUUGUGGCGCUGCACCUCGUCUUCCUCGGCGUCCUAUUCCUUUUCGAUGCUCAAUUUCUUCAUAAAACUCAACGAGAUCCAUGGUACAUGGGUUCUUUUUUCUUCUUGUUUUUCGCCACGCUGCUGCAGUAUUUUGUUACUUCUGGCUCUUCACCUGGAUACGUUGUCGAUGCAAUGAGGGAUGCUUGCGACACAAAUGCUGUGUUCGUAAAAACACCAACGACCUCAAACGAAGACAACCUGCUUCGAGCCAAGAAUGAUAGCUUAGUUGUUACUGUGGAAGGAGGUCAAUCUGGUUCGCGUGUUAAUCUUAAUGGAGGUAAUGCAACAUCCUGGCCAAAAUUGGUUUUGGGCAUGUACCCCCCAGGAACAUCUGUAAGGAAUUUGACAUGCUGCUAUUGUCAUGUUGAGCAGCCUCCACGAGCAAAACAUUGUCAUGAUUGUGAUCGAUGUGUUCUUCAGUUUGAUCAUCACUGCGUUUGGCUGGGAACAUGUAUAGGCCAGGGUAACCAUUGUAAAUUUUGGUGGUACAUUUGUGAAGAGACAGCCCUAUGCAUCUGGACAUUCAUACUGUACAUUGAGUACCUGAAGGAUAACAUAUCAAGGGUUUGGUGGAAGGAUGCGAUCAUCAUACUGCUGCUGGUUAUUUUGGCAAUCUCGUUGAUUUUUGUGCUGCUCCUAUUGCUUUUUCACAGCUACCUCAUUCUGACGAAUCAGACCACAUAUGAACUCGUGAGACGGAGACGUAUUCCAUAUUUGAGGAAUAUACCAGAGCGGGUGCAUCCUUUCAGCAGAGGGAUCCGCACAAAUCUGUACAACUUCUGUUGUGGUCACCGCCACCACAGGAGAUACUAUCUAGAGCCGCUGCCUACAGCAUACGAACUUGAGGAAAAAUCAAGAUCCUACACGUGCUUUGACUUGUUGAAAUGCCGCUGCUGCUGAAUUUUGUUGUUACCUACCUCCAUUGUUUCUUUCUUUUGGAUCUUGACGAAACAGUUGGUCAUCGAACAAGCCUGUUAAAUAUUUUACACACGCCUAUAUAUAUAAGACUAUUCAUUC